AAAAAAAAAGAAAGAAAUCCCAAACACAUCAAAAGCAAAAUGUGUCCUUGCGCCGUCUCUGUGCAAAGCCGCGGCGGGGGACCCCGCGCAGCGCACGUGUUGCGGGCAGGGAUGCCCCGCAGCUGCGGGCAGCAGGUACCUGCUGCGGGGCCUCCCGGGACGCGCCAGCCCCGGAGAGCCCCGGGGAACCGCGGCUCCUUCUGCUUUCCCGCCGGACCCGGUGCUGGUCCCGGCGCCGCAGCGGGACUCGUCGGGGAGCAGCGAGCGGCGACAGAGUAUCAGGUUGGUACCGCGCCCCUCCGCGACCUGCCGCGCUCCUCCCCCCGCGCCGCUGCUGCCGCCCGUCUCUUGCAGGGUCCUGCCCGGAGGCCGCCCCACACCUCGCCCCAUGGCAUCCUGGCUCCGACCCCCGCCGUGGUGGGCCGGGGGGCGGCCCUGCGCCUCGAGAGCUCCGCUGCCUUCCACUCCCUCGUCAUCCGCGACGGAGGGAGGGCCAUGUUCGCUGACCGUCCCCGCGGGCCGCCCAUCACCCUGCGGACCCGCUACAUCCUCAUCCACGACGGCGGGGAGCUGCACCUCGGCUGGGAGCGCUGCUCCUGCCGCUCGCGGGCCACCAUCUCGCUGGACGGGCGAGCCGCCGAGGGAGCGGCCGUGAAGGGCUUCGGGCAGAAGUUCGUGGGCCUGGGUCGCGGCGGUGUCCUGGAGCUGCACGGCGGGCGGCCUCGCUCCUGGACCCUCCUGGACAAAACCCCGCGCUCCGGCGGGUUCCCACACGGCUCCUCCUCCUCGGAGCAGCAGCGGGGCAGCCGCGGGAUCAACCCCCGCACCCUGGACGCCGGCUCGGGGCGGGCGCUGGCGGCGGGGCGCUUCGACACCCAGCCAGGCGAGUGCCAGCGGCUGCCUGCCCCCCUGGCCCUGCAGGCCCCCGGCAGGCUGCUGGCGGCCGCCGUGGCGGGCUCUGCCCCCCGCAACCUCACGCUGGAGACGCGGCUGCUGCUGCGGGGCCGCCUGCGCGGCCGGCAGCCCUGGGAUCCUCGGAGGGGAUUAGUUUUCCACAGCAGAAGAGAAGCGGGAAUAUCACGGGAAUGGAACAACAGCUUAGCAGUUGCCCGAAGAGAUUUCCUCACCUACGAUGGCACGCGUUUUACUGUUACUGCUUUCAGCGGAGGGAUGAAAGGGGUGCCUCUUAAUGGAGUUAAAGUGGAAGUGUCCAAAGGGAUAACUCUUCAUUUGGUGGAUGAAGUUACAAGUUGGUUACCUGGUGACCGGAUUGUUGUCGCCAGCAGCCCACUUUAUCUUCAUAUUGGAGAAGUCAUAGAUGGCGUUGAUAUGAGGGCAGAGGUCAGUCUCCCGACUAGAAAUAUAGUUAUUCAAAGAGAAAUGGAAGACUCCUGCUAUGGACAAAAUCAAUGUCAGUUUUUCUCUUUUGAGAAUUUUGGUGGACAUAUUAAAAUCCUAAGGAAUUUUAGCUCAGUUCACGUGUCAGGAGUGAAAUUAAAAAACAUGGGGCAGCAAGUCCUGGGCAGUUACCCUGUGCAUUUUCACUUGGCUGAGGAUGUGGAUGAGAGAGGAGGAUAUGAAUGCCCAAGGUACCUUGAUAACCCGGCUAUCCACCACUGCUUCUCUGGGUGUGUUGCCAUACGUGGAACUCAUGGCUUUGUGGUAGGAGACACUAUUGGCUAUGACGCUCUGGGGCACUGUUUCUUCCUCGAAGAUGGGACGGAGCAAUUCAAGGUUCAUCACAACUUGGGCCUCCUGAGGAGGCAGGGGACGGUGCUGCCAUGGGAUGGCAGCCAGGUCGUGUGCCCGGCCAUCUGCAGCCACCUCUACGGGGACCACCUUCCCGUGCCCAGCACCCACUGCAGGGCUGUCAGCACAUUCUGGAUUUCAGAUCCAAACAACAACUUAAUAGAGAACGCAGCAGCUGGUGCUCAGGAUGUUGGGAUAUGGUACAUCUUCCAUCGGGUUCCAACUGAACAGUCUGAGGGGCAAUAUCCAGAGGGACAGGCUGAACAUACCCCCCUGGGGGUCUUUUACAACAACUGUUUACUCCGAUUUCAAGGUUUUCAGAUAAUGGAGCUCGACUCACUCUGGCAAGUUGAUGGGUGUUUCCUGACAGAUGAAGGCUCCAGCCUGGAAGUCACGUGCUCCAUUUGUGUUGGAGAAAGCAGCAACUUUGGGUCUCAGGGAAGCCAAAACAGCUACUGGGGAAAAGGGACUGGGGAAUACAGAACACUGCCCAGAAACAAGAUGUUCCCUAUUCGUGGAUUCCAGAUUUAUGAUGGGUCUGUCAGGAUGGCAAAAUGCACUUUCAAGAAGUUCACCCCAAUCACUGACAGAUACUCAAGUGCCAUCGGGUUCUUCAUCAAAAACUCCUGGCAGAUAAGUUCCCAGAAUAAUGUGUCGGAAGUCCUGAUGGAGAAAAGUGUUGGACUGAAAGUGUUUUUUGGCAGACCAGGGCAGUGGUUAGGGAGCAAUGAUGGCAAUGGUGACAAAAUGUCUCUCUUCCAUGACCUGGAUGGACCAGUGAUGGGGUAUCCAGACACUUUCAUAGACAGAGUGGACAAUUACCUGCUGCUCCAUCCCUGGUGCCUGGCUGUUCUGCCCUGGAAUGGGGUGAUUUGUACUGGAAAAUCUGCACAGCUUUAUAUUCAGGCCAGACACACUGAGAAUCUGACCUUAUCCAUUGCCAGAGCAGCAUACCAUUCCCAUCCUUUGCGACUGCAAGGCGUGAACAAAGGAGCCCCAUACCAGCAGUACCAGCCCCUCAUCAUGCUCGAGCAGGCUUAUAUCAUCCAGUGGGAUGCCAGAGCACCUGAGGAUAUUAUCCUGUACCCGAUCAACUUCAACAGAGGAGACUGGCUGCAUGUUGCCCUCAGCUAUCCCAGGGAAGCUGUUUUCCAGGUGGUGGCAGAUAUCUACCAGAGGAGGACAGGGAGGGUGCACAGCAUCAGGCACUACCGUGCUGCCCCAUCUCAGGCCCAUCCUCUCCAUGGGACCAGUGAGCAGCUCUUUUGCUUCGACAGAGCAUCAGGGUACUUGUUUGUUCAUCUGCAAGACCAUGAAGCUCAGGAAGGACACAGUUACUGCUCUCAGCAAGGUUGCUAUCACUAGCACACCCUCAGUCAAGUAUGUCAGGAUCCAGAUCCAGUCUCUCAGCAGGGCAGACAUUCAAAACCACUCGACAUCCACGUUGGUUAAGAUAAAUGACACAGUGUUCCUGUUUGCUAGCUGUGGGAUAUUCUUUGUGGUGCUGGAUGCCUGCUCAGGAGCAGUGGUCUCUUCUUCUUGUGUGCUCUAGAGAUAUUGCAGAGGUGGCAGGUGGCUCUGAAAUGUCUGUUUUUACCAGGUUAGGUUCAGCAAAGCCCAUUGUCUUCCACAAGGAAGACUUUGUUCCCUGAACCACCUGUGCCACUCACUCGGGUGCAUCAUUUCCAGUUCAUUUUGGAAGCUUGGUUCAUCCUCCAGCCCUGACUGAUCCUGGGGCACAAAAAGCAGCAAACAGGGCCACCCCCUUCCUUGGGACAUGCUGGUUGGUGGCCAUCCUCUUGCCUUGCCACUUCAGUGGGAUGCUGGUGCCUGGCAGUGGGACCAAGCUGUGCUGGCCAGUCCCAUCUGUCCCUGUUUUGCUUUUUCUAAGGGCCAGGGUGUUCACCCACGUGUCUGCCCUGAUUUCCAGUCUGGGUAAUUAAGUUCUUCUUCAUGAGCCUUCCCCUGCUGACUCAGGUAUGCAUAUUAUUUGACUUCCCAGCUCCCAAAGUGACCACGUGCAGGACUGGCCCAUGCUGGGGGCCUGUGUUUUGGGGCAGGUUGGAGCAUCUCCCAAGUGCAUAUUGCUUUUUCGAGGGAUAACGUCAAAAAAAACCCCUGAUCCCCUUGACCCCAGCAGGAUCAGGAUUUAGGGUCUUGUUGCCUGGGUUUGGAAAACCUUAUUGAAAUUAGAAGUGUUUACAGGAGUAGUCUUGAUCCAACCAGCUGCGAAUAGCCUUGGGACUCUUUGCAAUGAAAAGCAUAAUAUAAACACAAGACAUUAUUAUUAAAAUUGAAGAAUACAUAAUGCCUUUGUACUUUGUGACAGCAGAGGAAUGGAGCAGAGUUGACAUGGGGAAUAGUUUAGGCAUAACAGGAAGAAACUGAUGUAAACUAAUAAAAGAAGGAUUCCAAGUGCCUAACCACUUUCAUGUAGUCAUAUGUGAAAAAGUACUGAUGUGUAAAAACAAAGAGUAAAACAAUAUUCCUGCUGCCUGACACCUGGGAACCUGUUUUAGUUUAUUGACAUACCUGGGAUGUAGUGAGGUUAGGGCUUCAAUGAAGCUCAUUUUCUCUUUCAUCACCCUUUUUUCUCUCCUAAACAUUCUGUUAUUUUAAUCCAAGCAAGAAAAGAGAAGAGCUAAGAAGUUUCUGUGAUUUGUGGAAGGAGUCCGUGCUGUGUUGCUAGUAAGUGAACUGACCCAUCCAGAGGGUCACUCUCUUUUUGUCUGUUUUUCAGGGACUUUUGCCAUGCUUGGCUAUAAAGGACAAGCCAAACCCUGCUGGAUUAAAGUUCUUAAUCAUGCUGGUUAUCAGAAAGCUGC